GUUCAAACGUCCAUAAUAAGGAGCAAGCACGACACGCGAUUUACAUAAACUGAUCAUUCCUCUCCUCGACGAAUAUUACCUUCUUCUCCUUUGCUCUUUUAGGAAUCGAAUCGUGGUAUAUUAUCGUUGUCUUUGGUUCGAAGAAGCACAAUUUCUUAUGCUCUUUUGAUUCCACGGUAUUCUACGGAAACCAACCAAAGAGAAACAUUUCCGUUUUAUGUUUAGUCCCACCCGUUUUAAGAAAUAAAAAAAAACCGCUUAGUCAUAUGUUAUCAUUGACGGUUGGGGCACCUAAGAAAGUUACCUAGGUACCUAUUUUCCACACCUUAAAAAAAAUACAAAGCUUAUUUUUUUAUCCAAAGUUCCUCCGAGAAUUCACAAUCACGUGAACUUCAGUCGGAUUUAUCUACUAUUUAUCUCCGAAGGUCCUCCAAGUCCAUUCGACAUCACGUGAUACCCCUUUCUUAAUAGUCUUCGAGAUAGCUCGAAUCCCUCGCAAACAAUGUCAGCAAACCCCGACGGCAACCCGAUGCAAUCGGGUGGUGAAAGUUCCGCUUCCAAUGGUACUACUCCCGCGCCAUCAACCGCUACGACAGCUACCUCGCAGUCGAGUGCGCCAGCCUCCGACGAUUCGCUCCAGUGUCGAUGGGUUGGUUGCAGUGAGAAGUUCAACUCCGCUGAAAUACUUUAUGAACACAUCUGCGAGAAGCAUGUCGGUCGCAAGAGCACCAACAACCUCAACCUCACUUGUCAGUGGAACCAGUGCAAGACAACCACGGUCAAGCGUGACCAUAUAACCUCUCACAUCCGCGUCCACGUGCCCCUCAAGCCCCAUAAGUGCGACUUCUGUGGCAAGUCCUUCAAGCGUCCUCAGGACUUGAAGAAGCACGUCAAGACACACGCGGAUGACUCUGUUCUGGUUCGCUCGCCAGAUCAGCCCAUGAACGGUGGCUACCGCCCCCAGGGCAAAGCUCCUUCUAGCUACUAUGAUCAUAAUGGUCAGAUGCGUACUAACUCGGCCGCCUUCGGUCAGCCGCCCCACCCCGCCGCACACCCCAGUAGCUACUAUCAGCACCAUCCUCAACCCUCCUUUGGGGGCCCGGUGUACUACCAGCCUAUGGGCGGCCGCGGGGAUCAUAUGGGUUACCAGGCUUCUGCGGACUACGACAACCGUAAGCGCACCUAUGACGUGCUGAACGAGUUCUUCGGCGACGCCAAGCGUAGACAGCUUGACCCGAACUCAUACGCCCAGGUUGGCCAGAGACUUAUGCCGCUACAUGGAGCACUUCCGCUUCACUCGGGUUCUAUGGGUGCUGAAUAUCUCCCGGCUCCUGGUGUCAUGGCUGUCGAUGGGCAAGGCCACGGGCCUUACCAGCAACACUAUUCCCUUCCGUCUAUGUCGAAUGUCCGUACCAAGAGUGACCUUGUCCAAAUAGAUCAACUUUUGGAGCAGAUGCAGAGUACAGUAUACGAGAACUCUAACACUGCUGCUGCUGCCGGAGUCCAUCAGCCAGGUUCCCACUACUUGCCUCUUAACUUCCGCCACAGCCAGUCACCACCACACUCUGCGGCGGCUCCUCAGUCUGCUAUGGGUAACGGAGGUUAUUCAGCUGCUCAUGUACCUUCGCCUUUGACGACAGUCUCUUCCACGCACUCGAAUGGAACUCCUGCAGUGACGCCGCCUUCAAGUUCUAUGUCGUACACCUCUGGACAUUCUCCCAGCGCUUCGUCGUCAAACCAGUCGCCUUCCACACGACAUAGCUCGACUGCAUCGACGCUCUACCCGGUAUUGCCUCCUACCACAUCUGGCUACCCGGGCCAAUCAGCCACAUCGACUCUAGGCCCCAACUUUGACACGGACCCUCGUCGACGCUACUCAAACAGCAUGCUCCAGCGUGCGAAUACAGCUCAUCGUCCAGAGCCUUUGUCCACAACACCUCGCGCAUCUGAGCCUCCGUCUGCGGCAAUCUCGGCGGUUAGUUCUCCGUCGGCCGAGUCUGAAGCUAGUGCCGAGGCUCGUGAGGACCAAGUGUAUGAACAGUGGCUCGAGAAUAUUCGUGUGAUCGAAUACUUGCGCGAGUACGUUAUUGACCGCAUCAAGCGCAAGGACUUUGAGGAUGAGAGUGGCUCGGAGGGUAUGGUUGGAUCGCCGGCAGCUGCUAGUGAUAUGGACGUCGAUUCUUCACCAACUCGCCCGCCGUCUCAGCCUGCGUACCCAGCACUACCACUAUAGAAUGGCGGUUUGAUGGAAUGGGAGAACGAAGAGCAGUUCUGGGAAUGGUUCGUUUGAUGCUAGGGAUCCUACAAAUCGGGGUAGGAAUUGGGAGGUGUUGGAUGAACAAGGUCUAUUUAGUGAAGGUGAAGAGUUUUAACGACUAAAUACAUAUCAGCAUUAGGUUCACAGCAACACGAAUAUGAAUAUGAAUACAUACAAUUAUUGUAA